AUGAAAAAGUAUAUUGGCCGACAGCUGCGGCCAUCGCAGCUUGCCGCGGAGCUGCUGCCACCUGACCAAAUGUGGUGCACGGUGUGUCACCAAGCCGUCGAGCGACAGCGCUUCCGCGAGCACGCCGCCAUGCUUUGCCAUCGACUUGGUCGGAAGAAGAUGAAGAAGCUCAAGUGUGUAUCGCUUAACAUGUGGGAGAGGCACCGCGGUGCUGCUCUAGACCAUGAAAGUGCACAUGAAGGCAACAUCGAGCACGAAUUUGAGCACUAUCAAGCCGAUCAGCGUCGCCGCGAGCAGAUGCUAGUGGAGACGGCGUGGGGUCCGUCGCGCCCACCGUCACGCUGGGAUUUGUUUUAG